AUGAGCUCUUCAACUUCUUAUGAGAAUCAGCUCAAUGGUUCGAUCCCGACAUCACUAGGUAACUUGACAGCCCUUACCCAUCUAUGGCUUUACUCAAAUAAAUUUUCUGGCACUAUUCCUGAUGAUAUAGGGAAAAUAGAAUUUCUUGUGCAUCUCUUCUUAUCCAACAACAACUUCACUAGUUGUAUCCCUAAAAACUUUGGAAACUUAGAAAAGCUACAGACGUUGUACUUGUACAGAAAUCAACUCUCCAGUUCAGUUCCAGAAGAAUUAGGGAAUCUGAAAUCUCUUGUACGUUUAGAUUUGUCUUACAACAAUUUAACAGGUGGCAUCCCUCCAAAAUUUGGAAACUUAAAAAACUUGCAGUUGUUGUACUUGCAUAACAAUCAACUCUCUGGUUCGAUUCCGAAAGAGAUAGGUAACUUAAAAUCUAUUGUGGAUCUAGGGUUGAGCGAGAAUCAACUCAAUGGUUCAAUUCCUGCUUCAUUCGGUACUCUGUCCAAUUUGGAAAUCUUACAUCUACGGGAUAACAAACUUUCCAGCCCUAUCCCCAAAGAGAUAGAGAAUCUUAAGAAGUUGACUAAACUGCACUUGGAUACUAACCAAUUUUCUGGUCAUUUGCCCCAACAUAUUUGCCAAGGUGGACAACUCACAAACUUUUCAGUACACAACAACAAUUUGACUGGUCCAAUCCCCAGAAGCUUGAAAACCUGCACAAGCUUAUUCAGAGUCCAUCUUGAAGGGAACCAAUUGACAGGCAAUGUAUCUGAAGUCUUUGGCGUUUAUCCGAAUCUUGAUUUUAUAGAUGUAAGCCACAAUAACUUGUAUGGUGAAAUCUCACACAACUGGGGACAAUGCCCACAGUUAAAAACCUUACUAAUGGCAGGAAACAAGCUUACCGGUAGCAUACCACCUGAGAUAGGCAAUGCAAACAAAAUUCAUGUGCUCGACCUUUCUUCAAAUCAUUUAGUUGGGGUGGUUCCGAAGGAAUUUGGGAGACUGACUUCUUUGGUGAAGCUGAUGUUGAAUGGAAAUCAACUUUCGGGUCGUAUACCUUCCGAAUUUGGAUCAUUGACUGAUCUUGAAUAUCUUGACAUGUCAAGAAACAGUUUCAAUGAGUCUAUUCCGAGCGUUCUCGGUGGUUUGGUUGAAUUAAACUACUUGAAUUUGAGCAACAACAAGUUCAGUCAAGCUAUUCCAUUUCAGUUAGGGAACAAUAUGGGGAGUUUGGAGACGCUUAAUCUUUCCCACAACAAUCUUUCUGGUUUCAUUCCAACAAGUUUUGAAGGCAUGCAUGGUUUGUCCUUUGUGGACAUCUCCUACAAUGACUUAGAAGGCCCCCUUCCCAACAAGACCGCAUUUCGAGAUGCUGCACCGGAAGGAAUACAAGGGAACAAAGGAUUGUGUGGCAAUAAUGGAGUUUUGCAGCCCUGCAAUGAACGUAGCUCAAAAAAGGACCAGAAAAGGAUAUUGGUAAUCACAUUCUCUCUUCUAGCUGCGCUUUUACUUUUGUCUUCUUUCUUUACAGUUGUCUUUAUAUUAGAUAAAAGAAAGAAGCUUCAGCAUUCAGAUCCAGAACGAAAUAACAUGCAUGAAGCAAUUUCCUUUUCGAUAUUAAACUUUGACGGAAGAGCGAUGUAUGAGGAAAUCAAAAAGGCAACACAAGAUUUUGAUUCGAUGUAUUGCAUUGGGAAGGGAGGACAUGGAAGCGUCUACAUAGCGAAUUUGUCAUUUGCCAACGUAGUAGUGGCCGUGAAGAAACUCCAUCUACAGCAGGACGACGAGAAGAAUGUUGAGAAGGAAUUCUUAAAUGAACUAAGAACACUGACUGAGAUACGACACCGAAAUAUUGUCAAGCUUUACGGUUACUGCGCACAUAAACGACAUUCAUUGCUGGUGUAUGAGUAUCUUGAAAGAGGUAGCUUUGCCGCAGUGUCGAGCAAAGAUGAAGAAGCUAAAGAGUUGGGGUGGAGUAAAAGAGUGAAUAUUGUUAAAGGUGUAGCUCAUGCCUUGUCUUACAUGCACCACGAUUGCUUGCCUCCAAUUGUACAUGGGGACAUAUCAAGCAACAACAUUUUGCUGGAUUCUGAAUUUGAGGCCUCUGUUGCAGACUUCGGCGCUGCUAAGUUUUUGAGCACAAACUCAACUAAUUGGACUUCUCUUGCAGGCACAUAUGGAUAUGUGGCACCAGAGCUGGCGUAUACAAUGGAAGUGAAUGGAAAAUGUGAUGUUUAUAGCUUUGGGGUGGUCACAUUGGAAAUAGUUGUGGGAAGGCAUCCAGGAGAUCUUAUUUCAUCUCUAUCGACGGGCUCCUCCUCCUCAUCCUCCUCGUUGCCGUCAUCAUCAUCUGCAUUACUAGCCAAUCAAAUGCUGGUUGUGGAUGUUUUGGACCAACGCAUUUCGCCGCCGACACAUCAAAUGGCAGGGGAAGCGGUCGCUCUUGUGAAGAUCGCAUUUGCAUUCUUGAAUGCAAGUCCACAAUCUCGUCCAACGAUGAAGCAAGUUUCUCAACUCCUCUCAUCAACUCAGACUCGGAGGCUGCAUUUGCCAAAGCCAUUACCUAUGAUUACAUGCGGUGAAUUGCUUGCUUUCAAUCCUUUGACUACCUGA